CCCUGGGUGGCAGGCUCAGGCUCCACUUGCUGCCGCUGCCCUCUCGGAGCUAAAAGAUACCUACUUACAGAUAGUAUUAUGAAAUUAAAGGAAUUUCAACAUAAGAAAGUGGCUGUUGCAUAUAAUCUUCCUGGCACCAAAGAAACUUAUUUUAGAAACUUGGAAGAGAAAUUGACCCAGAACAAACUCAUCUUGAAGGACAAGCUGAAAACCUUGCUUCAUUUGUGUCAGUCCCAGGAGGACAUGGAGCUGGCUAAAAAUGUCAUUCACAGGUACCAUGCAGAAACUAGAAAUAUGACUUUGGGGGAAUAUAAAUUUGGAUCAAUUUUCAUGAGGCUGUGUUAUGAGAUGGAUCUUGAGGAAUCUGCAGUGGAGCUCAUCAAAGAUCAGCAUUUACAAGGUUUCUUUUCAGACUUCCCAUCAUUCAAUAUUUUGAUGGAUAUGUUAUUUAUGAAGGGCAAAUAUGAAAGUGCAUUGGAAAUAUUGAUAGAGAUGAAAAACCAGGAUGUGAAGUUCACCCAGGAUACCUAUGUCCUUGCUUUUGCAAUUUGCUACAAGCUGAACAGCCCAGAAUCUUUUAAAAUCUGUACUACAUUAAGAGAAGACACCCUAGUCAAAGGAGACAUUGUCUCCAGGAGAGCAUCUUGUUUUGCUGUGGCGUUAGCUCUGAAUCAGAAUGAAAUGACCAAAGCUGCAUCCAUAUUUUCUCAAAUCAUGAAUCCAGAGACCAUAACCUACACUAAUUUAAAUAUCAUGAUCCAUAUUCAGUCAAAUAUGUUGGAAACCCUAAUAGAGAUACUAUAAAGUGCUGCAGAAGGAAAUUUAUCCAGAUUUGUGAAAAGACAGGAGUUCUCCGAGGAGGUGCUGGUCAAAGUGAGGGAAAAAGUGAAGGAUGUGCUCAACCUUGUGGACAGAUUUGAGGAGAUCUAUGGGAAACUACAUAUACAUCGCCACGUGACUUCUUACACUCUGGAUGCUCUGUUCUGCCAUACCCCCAGGGACAAGAAUUCUCAUACUCCACUACUAAACAGGAAGAGGGUCAGCCAGCGUACCUUCCAGCCCCUUAGCCAGCGCCUAUGGGCCAAGUAA